AUGAUGAACUUCGAGGAGAUGGAUGUGACUACAAUGCUUUCGGCUUUUAUUGGAAUUUUAGUGAUCAUGGUUUCGUCAAUAUUCUACUUUACUAAGAAGCAGAGCGAAGAAACACCACAAAACCAUGAGGAAGAUGAAGCUGCUACACUGGUAGAGGAGGUGGAUGAGGAUGCGAAGUUGGAUGCGACUAGGAAAGCCAAUAAGCACCGAAAAAAUGACCACUGGAAGCCGAAAGUGAAAGAUGCCUCUUACGAUCACAUGUGGUCGGUGACUACCUUAAAAGGGCACACCGCUGAUGUUACUGGCAUGGACUUCGCUCAAGAUGGCAAAAAGUUCGUCACUGUCUCUAGUGAUAGAGCUGCAUUUUUGUGGGAUGUGCGAGAUUUCGAAGAAAGGGAACACAAAAGUGUUCGUCAGAUCUUGGAUUUCGAUACAGCAACGCAAGUCUCCUUCUCGCCAGAUUGCAAAAGUGUUGUAUUUGCCAUGAAGCGGUCUAAUAAGUUAUACGAAUUCAAGUUGCUGAAGAAGGAAGCUGGUGGCGCGUACAAAUUUGUCCAUGUUGAGAAUUUGUCCUUCCCUUCUGCACAUACCCUUGAUAUUUCCCACUCCGGUAUUUCAUCGAAUGGGAAGUUUUUGAUGUCGGCGUCACCAGACAAUAAGAUCGUUCUAUACGAUAUCCAUGGCAACAUCUUGAAAGCAUUGGAACCAAAGAUGAGCUCUCUUUUCGAUGUGGUAAUAUCGCCAGAUGGCCGAUUUGUGGCUGCUUGUGGUUUCACGACGGAAGUUUUCGUUUAUGAGGUCGCCUUCAAUCGCGAAAAUGUGUUCCAAGAUGCCAAAAGAGCUUUCGAUUUGAAGGGUCAUAAUUCCGGUGUCUUCGCGGUGGAUUUCAAUGCAAACGCAUCGCGUGCUGUUACGGUUUCACGAGAUGGGUUCUGGAGAGUGUUCGACACAGAAAUACGUUAUGGUCAAGGCCAGGAUGCCGUAAUUCUUAACAAAGGAGAAUGGUCAAUGCUGAAGGGAGCCAGCGCUGAUCGCGUUCGUUUGGCGAUGAGUCCUUCUGGGGAGACAGCUUCGCGCGUCUCUUGCGGUUCCACUCUCAAAAUAUUCAGCAGUGAGGAUGAACAAAAAGAAUUCCCUGAAUUGCAUGAAGUUCAUGGUGAUCAACGAAUACUCGCUAUUAAAUAUUCACCUUGUGGUCGACUAGUUGCUACUUGUGGAGAUCGUUAUGUCCGUGUUUUCAGAAAUAUACCUGAAUAUCAUAGUCAGGUGGUGCGACUGAGCAAGAACUUGAAAGAAGUGACUGGUGACGCUCCUAGAAGACGUAUACUUGAGCAAAUUGAGGAGGCGAAACAGUUCCUGAAGAAAUAUUGUGUUUAG